CCCGAUAGGCAAAGUUCACGGAGAGAGAGACCAUGGAAGGAGCGAAGGAAGGAGAUGCAGCUGCAAUGCUACGAGGCCAAGCCGAGAUAUGGCGUUACAUGCUCAGCUUCGCGGACUCAAUGGUCCUCAACUGCGCAGUCGAGCUCCGCAUAGCCGACAUCAUCCAUUCCCACGGCGGCCGCCCGGUCACCUUGGCCCAGAUAGCCCGGUCGAUCGAGGGCUCCCCUUCCCCCGACCUCCCCUACCUCUCCCGCGUCAUGCGCCUCCUCGUCCGCCGCAACAUCUUCUCCGUCCACCACCCGUCCGACAGCGGGGACCCACUCUACGGCCUCACCGACUCGUCCCGCUGGCUGGUCCGGGACUCGGAGCUGAACCUCGUCCCGAUGGUCAUUAUGGAGAACCACCCGCUCCAGCUUGCGCCGUGGCACUGCCUCGGCCAGUGCGUGAGGGAAGGCGGGAUCGCGUUCCAGAAGGCGCACGGGGUGAAGAUGUGGGAGUUCGCCGGGGACAACCCCGAGUUCAACAAGAUGUUCAACGAGGCCAUGGCGUGCACGGCCAAGAUCAUAAUGAAGGCCGUCCUGGAGGCGUACGGGGACGGGUUCAGCCUCGUGGGGUCGGUAGUGGAUGUGGGAGGCGGGACCGGGGGCGUGAUCGCCGAGAUCGUCAGGGCAUAUCCUCAUAUUCGGGGGAUCAACUUCGACUUGCUGCACGUCGUGGCCACGGCGCCGGCUCACGACGGUGUGGAGCACGUGGGAGGCAGCAUGUUCGAGGCCAUUCCCAAGGCUGAUGCGGUGUUUCUCAAGUGGGUUCUACACGACUGGGGAGACGAAGACUGCGUGAAGAUACUGAAGAAUUGCAGGAAAGCCAUAGCAUCGUCGGAUCAGAAACCUGGGAAGCUCAUAAUGGUCGACCUGGUCCUUCUCGACCGGGAGGGCAGCGGUGGCCUGUUCGAGGACGUCGGAGUGACGUUCGACCUGCUCAUGAUGGCUCACCAGUCGGGAGGGAAGGAGAGGACGGAGUCUGAGUGGAAGCUGCUGCUGGAACAGGGCGGCUUCCCUCGCCACAACAUCAUCAAGAUCCAAGCCCUGCCUUCCAUUAUCGAGGCAUUUCCCCAGUAAAAAUAUCGUUUUCCUUCUCUCGGUUUGGUAAUUAGAUUUCGCUAUUGCACGCACGUACCUUCCCUUCGAAACUGUCGUUCUUCGAGUUCUUGCGUUAUUUAAUAGUGUGACGGUAGUUCCAUUGUAAACUUAGUGUAUUUUCACCAUUUGCAUGCAAUUGGGUGUGGAUCAAGUGGUGUAGGGGUAUGCAAAAGAAUCGAGAAUUGCCCGAAACUGGACGGGAUUGAAUCAAUCACAAUUCCCGAUGAAUACAAUAUAUAUAUUAAAAAUUUUAUAAGAUGCUCUGUUAAAUUA